AUGCCAUAUCUCGACAACAUCCCAGCAAAACGCAUUUUUAACUAUCUAUUAUCCUUGAUUGGUCUUGAUCAACCACCAUCCAUUGUGUAUGCUUCAUCAAACUCUGAGCAACAACAACACCAUGUCAACAACACAACCACCACCACCACAACCCCUUCUUCUUCUUCGUCAUCAUCAUCAUCCUUAUCAGCAACGGAUGCAUGGACCUUACAAUCUUGGGUGGGUGGAUUGUCCAAGACAGUGCUUUGUCAAAUAGUAUGGAGUUGCAUGAUGGAGUACCAUGAUCUGUGGCCAAUCAUUAGUAGUGAGCAACAAAAACUACUACAACAACAGCAAGAAAAAGAUGAGCAAAAAGAACAAGAGCAAGAAGAAAAUAUCCAGGAGAUUAUUAUUAUCGAACACCAUGCAAAGGAAAUCGCACGUCGUUUAGAUGCUUUGAGACCCAGUGAACAGUUUGUUCAUGCUGCUCAGGUUGCCCAAGAAUACCAUCAGCUGAUACGAUUAAGCUCGUCCCUUCAACACCCACUCGCAGCUGCAGUGGCCAUUAUCUUGCUUAUCCAACAGAGCCUCACAGCUGCCCCUGAAGUUCGCCAGCAUGUUUAUUACCAAGCCAAGCUGGGUCGUUUGGCUGUGUUGGAAAUCGGCAACGUUCUCAAGCGUCAAGUGGAUGAUCCAAGUCGUAUGCUCAGUGUCACACACCCAUCCCUCGUUGCUUUUUUGCGUCGAGUGGGUUGGAAAGAACAACUACAAGAUGUGUGUGCACGCCUCGAACGCUAUGAUACCACUUGGGAAUUUCGACAUGAGUAUGAUCACGUUGUGCAGUUGGCAGAGCGUUAUCCAGUAUGA